AUGACAUACAUUGAUGACAUCAUUCUGAAUACCUCAUCCCAUGACCUUCGCAAAUCUAUCAUGACAUUCCUUGUCUUUGAAUUUUCUAUGAAGGAUCUUUAUCAUUUGAGUUAUUUUCUUAAGAUUGUUAUGAUAAGACAUGCAAGUGGCUUGUUCCUCAAUCAGAGCAUUUAUGAGAGCGACAUCAUUGCAUGUACUGACAUGACCUCUUGUAAUCCUUCUGCUACUCUGGUUGAUACUAAGCAGAAGCUUAGUACAUCCUCCGACAUAUUGUAUGAGGAUCCCACUAUGUACCAGAACCUUUUCGGCAUCGUACAAUAUCUCACCUUCAUUCUCCUUGACAUUUCAUAUGUUGUUCAAUAA